AUGAGUAUAUUCAUACUUCCGUCCAAAAUCACUGCAGCCAUUGAUAAAAGCUGUUUGGACUUUCUUUGGGGCAAUAAUGGGAAUAGAAGUAAGUUUCAUCUCCCUUUUUGGGAAAAGGUUUGUCUCCCUAAAAAGCUGGGUGGUAUUGGUUUUCGUGAAGGUAAGAAAUGGAACAUGGCUUUGAUGGCGAACUUUAUUUGGGCGACAACUACCAAACAAGACUGCCUUUGGGUAAAAUGGAUUAGUUCCAUCUAUCUGAAAGAGCAUAUCAUUUGGAAUGUUCCUAUUAAUCAGGAAAUGAGCUGGUAUUUUAAGAAAUUGUUGAGGCUGAGACAAGUUAUUGAUGAGGGUUCCUUGAGGCAAGCUGUUAAGGGAGGUAAGUUUCGAAUUAAACAGUUUUAUACCUCUCUUAUUUCGACUCCAACAGUUGGGUUUGCUGAUACUGUGUGGAACAAACUUAUAGUGCCCAAACAUAGAUUCAUAUACUGGCAGAUUUUCAACAAUCAGUUGCUUACUAGAGAUCAUUUGAGCCGUUUCUUGCAUCUCUCCUCUGCUCUCUUCCCUGUUUGUGAUUCUGGAAUAGAAUCUCACAGCCAUUUGUUUAUGGAGUGCAUUUAUUCCAGGAAAGUGUUUGAGGAAAUUGGAAGUUGGCUGGGUUAUUUCCAUUGGCCUGAAUCGUAUGAGGAGCUUAAUCUUUGGUGCUUGGAAGCUAAGCGAGAUCUGAAGAACCAGAUUGUUAAUGCAGUGUUAUCUGCUUCCUGGUACUUUAUUUGGAGCAAUAGGAAUAGCUGCAUUUUUGACUCAGUUUGUAAAUUGGCCAGUAGCAUUAGUUUGGACAUCAAGGAAUCAGUUAAGUAUAGAGUUUUGGGCUUGGGUUCUCUUUCUCAUAGAAAAAGGGACAUGUAUUUUCGUAAGGUUGUAGAGGGCUGGUAG